AUGCUUCGAUUCGACCUCAGCGUGCCAGUCAGCGCCCACUUUCGUAUCGGGCGUUCAAGCGGUCUCGAUGCGAGCAUGAAAUAUUUGAAAAAGCCGGACCAAGCGCAUCGAACUUCCUCCCCCUCUCCCCUGAAUUGGUCCUUGACCAGCGCAGAGAGCAUCGGAGAAGAGAUCAGGGAUAAACGAGUCUCCUCAUUUCCCCUGUUUCGACUGAUCCCCCGUUUCAUCCCACCCCCCGAAUAUAACUCUGCCGGGAACACCACGUUUCGCCCCCUUGCGUCGCCCGGGACAUGCGAUGACCCUCUGAACUUUCUCCCCCGUGCUUCAAUUCGGACCCGCGAGCACGUCAAGCUCCGCCCAUCCCACUCCUUGGGCAACGACAGCUCCGAUCUUCGAGCCUUGGGCAUUGUCGUGACAAUGUCUCAGCAACGCGACGCAUAUGCCGCCGGCUCCCCUCCUCGAACUCCUCCCUCUCAGACAGCGAAGUAUAGACCGAAACGAGGAUACAAUCGCCCGUCCAUCCGUGACGCCUUCCCGGACACCGCUGCCGCCCUGGAGAAUGCGCCGAGGGCGAGCGAGUCGGGGGACGAACGAGACCCGCAUGACCUGUCUCUGUCUCCGAAGCAUGCUGCCCGCACUUCCGUUGUAGACAAUAUGCUAUUGUCGCUAGAUCAAUUCGCCCCAGGAUCAUCAGUGCUGGAAGACUAUCGAUUGUUUAAUUCCGCCUUUGAGACCGAGUCUACCCAUGGCCGAUACCGCGGCCACACAUUUUCUUCGUCAAUGUCUUCGGAAGCCGACUAUGGAUAUGAAGACAGCAGCAGCCGCUACAAUACCAUCACAGCCAAGGGUCGGCGAAGUAACAGUAGUUCGAACUACCAAACUGCCCCGAGGAGGAUGGGCAGUGCUCGAGGAGACGCGAUGAGUAUUCGAUCAGGUGCUGGGACCAUACCGAGAUCCAACGACGUUCGCAAAGGUAGUAAAGGAAGCGCCUCCGCCGCCGAUUAUUCAUACACAAUGCCCAGAGGACGAGCGGACUCGGGAGCUAUGGAUCGACGCUCGGAGAGCUUCGAUUGUGGCCCUCAGAAAGCGUUUAUGCCUUACGGUGAUCUCACUACCAGCCAGGAUACGAUGUACGACGACGAUGCAGCACCGACUCCAAGUGUGCCAGCCGGACCUCGCAAGGUUCAUGAUUAUCGGACUCCCACUGGCAAUGCAUCGCGUACACCUGUGGCAUCGCGGCGAAACAGUGUCAAAUCUGCGCAGGCUCCUCAGGUGCGCAAAAACCGCCCUGACAACAUCGGCACUGGGGCUUUGAAGGUUCGCGAUAGUGAUUUCCAACUGUCGGUUGACACGGAUCUUGAUAUGCCCCCAGCUAUGCCCGCGUCGUUGGACCCGCCCGCUCCAAGCCCGACGAUUUCAUAUAAUAAAGCAGCCUUCCCUCAGCCGGAGCCAUCAGCUACGUCAACGACCACAACUAUUACGGCCAUGAACAGCAACGGCAACACGAGCAACAGCACCUCCAAUGGUACCAAAGAACGCCCGGGCUUCUUCCGCCGUGUGUUUGGCUCCGCGAAGACUUCAUCUCCGACUCCUACAGAAGGUCGAAAAAAGGAUUCCACUACUGCGGCCCCCAAUUUGAAGAACCGGGGACCACCACCGAAAAGCUCAGCUGGAACAGCACCGGCUACUCGCAACGGGCCUCCACACCUGGUUAAACAGAAGUCUUCGUUUUUCCGAAGGCGCAAGAAGUCCGUGGUGGACAACGUUCCGCCGCCGAUUGUGCUGCCACAGGAUAUUGCACCUCACACUUUGGACACCGCGAAGCCAGAGCCAAGCCCCGUCAGUAGUCUGCGACAGGCUAUGAAUUCCUACAUGGCCGACGGUACACCCGCCAACUCGGAUCAAAAAGAGAACCGCGAAGGUAGUAAACUAGCCCGGGAACCAUUGUCUUUGCAGACUCAGAAGCCACGAGAAAGUGUCUCGGCUCCUGGAGGUGGUCCCAAGGCUAAGCAGAGUCUGCAGCCGCCGGCUUCUUCCCGUGGCCAGGAUCGCUCACCGCUAGCAGAUGGUCGUGGCACGCUUGAUAGCACUCUAAAAUAUAUCGAGGUGGAGUCCGAUGCGUCUGCCGAAUCCCCCUUGCAGGAGAAGAGUACGAACUCUGCGUCAUCGGCCAUGCUGUCACCGGUUGCAGAGGAUUUCUCCCGCCAACUCAAGAUUUCCACCACGACAGAUGCUUCGCAAGAUAGCCUGGCAAAGGGCAAGCUGGCUCUUCCCUCAGACAGCAAUGUUCCUGAAUCACCUGCCGUCUCCGAAGUUUCUCACUAUCAGACUGCAUCUAAUACUCCUGUGAUCAAGUCUGAGGAGCCCAAAGCAAUUGACGAUUCCGAAGACAAAAUGGAUGGCCCUGGUGAUGCGGUUGAGGAUGGCCCUUCUGCGGCUGACCGCGAGCAAGCCCAGAAACUCUUCGAUAGCCAGGAUCAGGUCGUGGGCAGUGAACCUGCUGCUGCUUGGCUGGGUGACCCCGAUCGAGCGACAGUCCGUGAGGCUUAUAUGCGUCUCUUCAACUGGUCUAACCUCAAUAUUCUCGCCGCCCUCCGAAGUCUCUGUGAGCGCUUGGUACUGAAGGGUGAAACUCAGCAGGUCGACCGAGUCUUGGAUGCAUUCUCCAACCGAUGGUGCGAUUGUAACCCGAGUCAUGGGUUCAAGGCUACUGAUGUUGUCCACACUGUCUGCUACUCUCUUCUGUUACUGAACACCGACUUGCACUUGGCCGAUAUUGAUUCGAAAAUGACCAAAUCACAAUUCGUCAGAAACACCAUGCCUACAAUUCACCGAGUUGCGAUGGAUGCCGCGCCCGAAGGAUUUGAGACAUUGCGACCUGUCAACCGCUCCAAAACAGCAAACUCAGAAUCCGCUCCUACCCCCACGUCCGCUCGCUCGUCGACUUUUCCCAACGAUGUUAGCCGCAGUUCAUUAGAUAUAGACAACUCCGGACGCAACACCGCAGACAGUGAUGCGGGUCCAUUGGUCAACACUCCUUUCACGGGAACCGUCAGGGCCUGGGAGCAACAGGUCGAAGCGGUCUUGAAGGAUUUCUAUACAUCUAUUCAAAAGGAAAGACUUCCUCUGCAUGGUGCACAGCCCGGGAAAGAAAUCUCACGAAUGAGCUCCAACAAUUUCCUCGGCCCGUCUUCCAGCACUCUUCGAAGAAGCCCGAGCACGAUCAGCAAAAGCGGCUCCGACAUCUUCCCUCGCGGCCGAUCCGCUGAUUCUCGCCAUGGAGCUGCACGGUGGUCCUCCAAACCCCGUUCCCGGGGUGCCAGGUUGUACCCUCCAUCCAUUAUGGGCUCCAGCCGCACAAGUCUGGACGAUCAGUCUUCUGUUUGGAGCCCUACUGCAUCGAGCACUUGGAGCAAGUAUUCAUUGGGUAAAUUCACAUCCGCUUCAGUGGACUCGUUCGGCUCGGAGUUCCCCCGUGGUGAAUAUCAGCAGUCAAUUGGCUUUGCCAAUGCACUGAGUCAGGCAAUCAUCCGCGAAGACUCGGCCACGUCCGUUUACAGUUAUGAUGAACCCGAACGGACGACCCCUCUUCUCGAAGAUGAAACACUGGCUUUGGCCGGUGCUCCGUGGGCUAAAGAGGGUAGCGUAAAACACAAGCACCAUCUCGAUGCAGUUGACAAGCGUGCCAAGGAUCGCAACUGGAACGAUUGUUUCGCCGUAAUCCAGCAGGGUUGGAUGCGCCUGUUCUCGUUUAACAAUGCUUCCAAAUCAAUGCGCAUGAAGGCAAAGCAGCGUGGUGGUGUUGUUGUCGGAGGCGGCAACUGGACAGAAAACGCAGAUGAGAUUUGGAAAUUCAUGCUUCGACAAACAAUCGCCAGUGCCCUCCCGCCACCAGGGUAUUCGAAAUCCCGUCCUCACGUUUGGGCUCUAAGUCUACCCACCGGUGCGGUCCACCUUUUCCAAGCUGGUACCCCCGAAAUCGUGCGAGAGUUCGUCUCUACGGCCAAUUACUGGAGUGCAAGACUCUCCAAGGAACCUCUUGUCGGCGGGAUCAGUAACAUUGAGUAUGGAUGGAGUGAUGCUGUCAUCAACGGCGCUCUCGUUAACUCCGAGAACCGAUCCCCGCCAACAUCAUCCGGUGCCCACCGACCGAGUAUCCAGAGUUCCAUCCGCAGUUCCAUUGAUCAGGGUACUGUUCGACCCAAGUUACCCGCUGACAGGGUAAAUAUCAGUGACUGGAGCCCACCACAGCAAAGCAUGGCUGCUUCCAACCUCACCGAAGAAGAUCAAAUGAAGGCUCUUCAGGCCUAUGUGAAGAAUGUUGAAGAUGAUCUCCAGAGACACAAUGAAUUGCGUCCAGCAAUGAAUCUAGCCUUCUCGCCCAGGCAUCCGAAUUCGACAAAGGCCAUGGCGAACUGGGAACGAAAGUCGUCCUAUCUUCUCCGUGAGAUUGUCAAGUUCAGGACUUAUAUCGAUUCGCUCCGGAAUGCGAUUAAUUGCAAGGAGAAGAUCUAUGCUUCUUCAAACAAUUACUAUAAUAAGUCGGAUGAGGCUGCUGGGGAUGGUGAGCAGCAACAGGAACAGCAACCCCCUGUUUCCGCUUGA